AUGGCAACUAUGACCCAAAGACCGAUAAAGCAAGGAAGGCCAAGUCAAAUGAUCCAGUGGAAGUAUGGUUAUUGGGCAAACCUUCAAAACCGAGAUCAGGUGACAUGUACCCUUUGUGACGUUGAGGUUUGUGGAGGGAUAAAAAGGUUGAAGCAACAUCUGGCAGGUGGCUAUGGAGAUGUCAAAAUGUGUCUGAAGAUGACUACUACUAUUAGAAAGGAGAUGAGAGAUUAUUUGGAAUCCAACAGGAGGAGAAGGCCAUUGUUCUUAGAGGAGGGUGAUGAACAACAAGAGGAAGCAGAUGUAGCUGAAUUGACUAAAGUUGGAGAAAGUGCACCUGAAGGAUCCCAAACCUCCAGGGUAUGGAAGCAAUAUGGCUGCACUAUUAUAUCUGAUGGAUGGACGGAUAGUAGGGGCCGACAUCUGAUCAAUUUUCUUGUGAACAGCCCUGAAGACACAUACUUCAUAGAGUCUAUUGAUGCAUCAGCUGAAGUACAUGAUGCUUUUAUGCUUGCUGAUCUAUUAGGGAAGAAGAUUGAUGAGAUUGGGAAGGAGAAGGUGAUCCAAGUCAUCACUAACUAUGGGGCUAACUACAAGGCUGCGGGUAGGAUUCUAAUGGAGAGGAUUCCUACACUGUUUUGGAGCCCAUGUGAUGCACACUGUUUGGACCUGAUGCUAGAAGAAAUAGGGAAAUUGCAAGCAUUCAAGAAGACCAUUGCACGAGCAAGACGUAUCACAACUUUCAUCUAUAGGCAUCGGAGGAUUCUUAGUUUAAUGAGAGAGAAUACAGGUGGGGCUGAUCUUGUGAGACCUGCAGCAACUCGAUUUGACACUUCUUUUCUCACUUUGAAAAGUUUGCACAAGCACAAGGACGCUCUGAAGGCUUUAUUUCAUAGUGAAGAAUGGUCUGAAAACAAAUUGGCAAAAACUAAUGCUGGUGAUAAUGUGCAUUCCAUUGUCUUCUCUGUUGAGUUUUGGAAUUCAGUUGAAGAUUGCCUUAGAGCUUUAGCUCCACUCCUUAUUGUUCUCAAGGUGGUUGAUGGUGAUGAGAAGCCUACAAUGCUGGAGGUCACAGCACUAAUGAAUCAUGCAAAAGAGAAGAUAAAGCUAAGCUUUGUUGUUGAUAGCAAGAAGCUCCUGCUAAAGAAAAUCUUGGAAAUCAUUGAUAAACGUUGGGUGAAACAAAUGGACCAUCUUUUGUAUGGGGCUGCACUGUACUUGAAUCCAGGAAAAUUAUAUCCUCUUAUACGGGAUAAUGAAGAUCCAGUUGUUGGGAAGCUAAGAGUGGAUUGGUGGCGCUCGUAUGGUGGUCGUGCUAUUGAGCUUCAAAGGUUUGCUAGAUGCAUUAUCCAUACAAAGAAAAGGAACAUGUUACUGCAUAAGAGGUUGAAUGCCAUUGUCUUUGUUUCCUACAACCGGAAGAUGAAGACUAGGUUUCAAAUAAGGCGUGCGCAUGGAUGUGAGGUUGUUGAGAAUGAGAAUGGUCUUACAUGGGAACUUGUUGAUGAAGCUCUUGGUGCAUCAAGCUCGCUGCGAGGCCGCAAUCUUCAAAGGAAAGCCAGCAACAACAAGCGUGCAAGAAAUGCACCUUCAGGGCUGGUUGAAGAAGACUCAGGUUCAGCCAAUGAAGAAGAGGAAGAUGACCAUGAUUCACAUGAUGAUGCGGAUGUGAGCGAUUGUGAGGAUGCUCCAAGUGGCACCAAUGGUGAUGGAGAGAAUGUGGAUGCUACAAAUGUCCAUGAUGAGUUUGAUGAUGGGUAUUAG